AAAAAAUAUUGCCAACAACAUAUCAUUAAACUGUAUCACAAUGGGCAAAAAAGAUAAAAAAUCAUCUUCAACAACUGAAGAAACAUCAUCUAAAACUCUCCCAACAAAUUUGGAUGUUAGCAAGACUGAUUCUAGCGAAUUCCCACUCUUGUUGAAAAAUUUCGAUAAAUUGAACGCUAGAACUGGACAUUACACUCCAAUUCCAGCUGGUAACACACCAACAAAAAGAAAAUUAGAAGAAUAUCUUAAAUAUGGUGUUAUCAAUUUGGACAAACCAGCUAAUCCAUCUUCCCACGAAAUUGUUGCUUGGGUUAAGAAAAUUCUCGAUGUUGAAAAGACUGGCCAUUCUGGUACUUUGGAUCCUAAAGUUACUGGUUGUUUGAUUGUUUGUUUGAAUCGUGCAACUCGUUUGGUUAAAUCCCAACAAGGUGCUGGUAAACAAUACGUUUCUAUCUUGAAAUUAAACGGAGAAGUUCAAGGAGGAUAUAAGGCUGUUGAAGAAGCAUUGACUACAUUGACUGGUGCUGUUUUCCAAAUGCCACCAGAAAUUUCUGCUGUUAAGAGACAAUUGCGUAUUAGAUCUAUUUAUGAUGUUAAACUUUUCGAAUUUGAUGCUAAGAGUCAAAUGGCUGUUUUCUGGGUUAAAUGUCAAGCCGGAACCUACGUCAGAACCUUGUGUGAACAUUUAGGUUUAUUAUUGGGUACUGGUGGUUCUAUGUUUGAAUUGAGAAGAGUUCAAUCUGGUUCUUUGAGUGAAAAGGAUUUCCUCUACACUAUGCAUGAUGUUUUGGAUGCUCAACAUGAAUUGAAGGCCAAGGGUGAUGAAUCUUAUUUGAGACGUAUUGUUAAACCAUUGGAAAUUUUGUUGACCAACUAUAAGCGUGUUAUUGUUAAGGAUAGUGCUGUUAACUCAAUUUGUUUCGGUGCUCAAUUGAUGAUUCCUGGUGUUUUACGUUAUGAUGAUUCUAUUGAAACUGGUGAAGAAAUUGUUUUGAUUACCACAAAGGGUGAAGCUAUUGCUACUGCUUAUGCUGUCAUGACCUCAAUUCAAAUUCAAUCUAUGGAUUAUGGUGUUGUUUGUAAGACUAAGAGAGUUAUUAUGGAUCGUAAUACCUAUCCAAGACGUUGGGGUAUGGGUCCAGUUUCCAAGCUCAAGAAGGAACUCAUUGAACAAGGUAAAUUGGAUAAGUAUGGUCAACCAACUGAAUCUACACCUGAAGUCUGGUUGAACAAUUAUCGUGAUGUUUCUGCUAAUAAGUGGUUCUUCUUACAAAAGCCAGAAAUUAACGCUGCUCUCGGAAAGAAGAGUGAAAGACAAGAAGCUAUGGAUCAACUCAAGCCAAAGAGUGGAAGCAAGAAGAUUGAAACUGUUGCUGAAACAAAGAGCAAGAAGAUUGACUUGAAGCCAAAGAAGGUUGAAGCUGAAGAAGAAGAAGAAAAGAAGAGAAAGAGAAAGGAAGAAUCAUCUGAUGAUGAAAGUUCUUCAUCCUCAUCAUCUUUCAUCGGAUUCUGAUUCAAGCAGCGAAGAAGAAGCUAAGAAAAAGAAGAAGAAGAAGUAAAUGUUUUCUAGAUGAAAAACAUAUUACGGAGAUUUAAUAUUCUUUAUUAUAUAAUACUUAAUCUUUAAAAACCAAUCAAAUAUAUAAAAAAGUAGAAUUUAAUAUUUCUUCU